UAGGGUUGUGGGCUUAAACAGUCAAUAAAAUGCUGCUAUUUGUAGGUUGAAGUUUAGUGCACCGGUUAAUAUACUAACUAAAAACUGCGGGUAUCGUCAUAAAUACUCAUUCUAUUCACAUUGAAGGGACCAUAAUAAUAGUGAAUACGUAGCUUUAAAAAAAAAAGCAGUUCACAAUAUCUAUUGCAAAAUGACAACUUCUGUAGGUUCAGUUCAUAACAGUUCAGAUUUAGUGAAGGACUAUGUUUGUGACGCCUGUGAAGGUAAAAAAAUUGUAGAAUGUGCCGAUUAUUUUUGCGCACAGUGUCAGAAGUUGUUCUGCGGAAAAUGCAUUUAUCAACAUGAUCAAUUAUAUGUAAACCAUGACAAAUAUGGAAGAGGAGAAACAAGUAAAUGGCCUCUUACAAAGACUAUGGAGGACGUGUUACUGAAAUGUGAUGUCCACAAGGUGAAGAAACUGAAAACUUUCUGUGAGGACCACAGUCAGCUAUGUUGCAGUGAUUGUGUUUUACUGAAUCACAGACAGUGCACCAAUGUGACCCUUAUAUCUGAGGCAAUAAGAAAGAUUUCAUUUGAUAUGGGAUGGUUGUCAAUCAAUAUUCAUACUAUUCUUGAUGAAUUAAAUAAGUUUAAGAGAUUACAAGAGGCCAGCAUUCAGUCUUUGGAGGUAUCAUAUAGUAAAAAUUUGCAAGAAAUAUGAAAUAUGAGGCAAAAAUUAAAUGCUGCUUUGGAUGUGCUAGAAAAUGCAACCUUGAAAGAACUGGAUGAAAUGAGGGCUACAUUGCAAACCUUACUCAAGAAUGAUGUUGACAACUCUAGAAAAAUGACAGAUAAACUGAAAAAAAUCAUUGAAGCUGUAACUGUCCUUAGUCAUAAGAGCGAGAAAGAAAUGGAGUUUGUAGCCAGCAGAAAAUGCCUGGACAAAAUAUGAGAAUCUUGAGUCAUAUCUGAAGGAGAACCCUGCGCAUUUGCAGGGUUCAAUAUUAUUCAAAGCAAACAUUGAUAUUGAGAAGUACCUGUCUCAACAGGCAAGCUUUGGAAGGAUUGUAGAUGGUAUUCUCAGGAUGAAUCCAGACCAUGUGAUGACUGUGAAGAGUAAAUGUGAGUAUAUGGUGAGAAUAUCGAGUGACGGAAAUCAGACAAACAGAAUCAGUGGCAUUUGCUGUCUGCCUAGUGGCCAAGUCAUUGUUACAGAUGAAAUAAACAGAAAAGUAAAGCUGUUGGACCAGCAUUACAAUGUGUGCACUCACUGUGAUGUGUCUAAUAAUCCAAGCGGCAUUUGCCAAAUCACAUCAACUGAGGUGGCUGUAUCUCUUAAUUCCGAAGUGCAGUUUAUCUCUGUGAGCAAUGGGAAGCUUGUAAAAGGGAGGAAGUUCAAGUUACCACAUGAUGCAAGUUGUAUAGCCCACCAUCAGGGAGUGUUGUAUGUCACUGGCUUGAAUGCCUUGUACCAAUACACUCUGACUGGAUCACUUGUGAAAAAGCUGUACGAAGAUAACAAUUAUAGAGUGUGGAAAUGUGCAGUGAAUCCUGCUGGGGACCGUAUCUAUGUCACCACCUCAGAGAUAUUUUGGGCGCACUUGACCCUCCACGGCAAGGACAGGCUCAUCACUCUGUCUACAGAUGGCACCCUGAUAAUCCACUUUCUGUGACCAUGAACUACAAAGCCCAUAUGGCGUUCAUAUCACACCUUCAGGACAAGUCCUGGUCUGUGAAAACUACUCCCAAACUGUCGUACAGAUGGA